GUCCAUUUGCCACAUCCUGGCAUGAACUUCGCCAGCUCCAUUUAAUAAAGUUUUUCUGGAUGGAGUGCACAGUAUAGUUGCGUUUCAAUUGUGUUUGCUGAGUGAAGAUUGAGAGAUGAUGUUAGGGAAGAAAUUAGUCUUUUGAAGAUUCAGAGAAUUUUGAUCUUGAGAUUGAUGCGUGUGAUUCAAUUACGACCCAAUUCAACGUUGGUUAGGUUGAACCACGUAGGAAUUAUCAUAUAUGUGAAUCGGCCAGAUUGAAGAGCUUGGUUAGGUGGAGUCGACUAGAAAUUAUUGAUUUCCAGUUAUGAUUGUGGUUUGAGUUCGAGGAUCGAGAAGGGGACGCGAUGGCGGGGCUGUUGGCGUGGGCGGCGGACGUGGUGGGAGGGAGCGGGCAGGGGGACGGCGGAGUGGAGGCGGGGAUCCCUGUGGUAUUCACCGCGGAGCAGCAGGGGUAUGCGGCGGAGCUUGACGCCAAGGCGGCGGCGCUGAGGCGGUCGAUCCAGGACCUGCGGCUCAGGAUCCCUCCCGCACACAUCUCCCAGCGCCUCCCGGAUCUCCAUGCCCACUCCCUCGCCUCCAACGCCGCCCUCACCCUCCAAUUGAACGCCCACUCCACCACCCGAGAACAGGCACAACUUCGGGAGAUGACCCUUCAGGAAGAAAAUGAUGCAUAUGAAAAGGCAAUAUCUAAUUGCCAAAAGAAGAUCCAGGAUAAAUUGCAGGAGACUAGCCGUCUACAAACUAAACUGAAGGAAAUGGAGUUAGUAGAGCAGGAUCUGAAAGCUGAGAUGGAAAAAGCAUUAGUUUCCAAGGAUAAGAACCAACAUGAUACCUUGUCAGCUGAUUCCAUUAGCCAAGAAAAGUUUCAGCUUGAAAUAGAAUCAUCAGAAAGCUUUAAGCUGAAUGACCUAGAGGAGAAGAAAAGGGAGUUGGCUUCCAUUGAAGUGAUAGUCCAGAGAUUGGAGAGUGAAUGGGCAUUGGUUCAGCAAGAAUCUUCAAAGAAGCCUACUUCAGCUCAAAGAGAGAAGGUACUGGAGAAGCAACUCCACAGCAUAAUUGAACAAUUGACUUCAAAGCAGGUUCAAGCAGAAGGAUUAUUAACUGAGAUACAAACUAAAGAGAAAGAGCUGGAGAGAUUGAAUUCGCUGAAGAGGAAGAUAGACACCGCAAGGAACCACUUCGGAAAGAACAUGUUAGGUUCUGAACCUACAAUGGACUAUCCAUUUGAGUCUCAUAGAAGACCACAUCAUACCGGUGGCAGAACUGAAAGCCAACAAAAACUCAUGAUUCUAAGAUCUGCUUUUAUUCUGUACAUAUUGGCCCUUCAAAUCAUUGUCUUUAUUAAGAUCGCAUCAUGAAUUACCUUGACUGAUCGUUGGCUGGAGACGCUUUGUAUUUUGUUUGUGCUAGAUACUCCAUCGGAUAUUGUCAUGACCACAUCAAUGCACUCAGAUAACUCACAUCUUUUUCUUACCAUUUCA